AUGGCAAGGGCAGCUGCGCCCGUGCGCCCACUCGAUGCGGCUGAGCAGGAUACCGUCCUGCGGUCACGCCUCUCGCACUCUCUCGCACAUCGCCCGCUGAACGGCCUCCGCAACCGCAUAGCAUCCAUCCUCACAGCCUCAUCAUCGCUUGAACAAUUCCAAGAUGACAGACUUCCCUCUUCGCCAUCCUCUCUGCCAUUCCCUCUCCUCUGCGAGGCUCAAGGAUACCUAGCGCAAAUGCACCGAACCCACCUCGCCUCGACUUGCACCUCCUCCGCUCAGCUCGAGGCCUACGCAAUUCAGCUCAAAGAGGUGCAGCACGAGGAGCAGCUGUGCAAGCAAAGGAUCGAGGGACUCAAAAGAGAAUUGCAGGGGGUCAGGAGAAGAAGAAGGGAGAAGGUCGAAUUUGGCAGAGUCGUCGAGGGGAUUGAAGCUUGGUUCAAGCCGCAGGGGACGGCAGAAAUUGAGGAUUCCCUCUCCACUCUUCUAUCCCACAUGACGGCUUCUUUCCUUUACCAGGCACCGACAGCAGAAACAGACGCUGCUGCCGCUGCUGCUGCAUCCCCGCACACAUGCACCCUCAGCACGUUACAUGCCAAGCUUGAGACGAUGCUUACUCUCUCCAGAGAGAUUCGAGAGAUUGUAGGCUGGAAGCCAGGUACAGGCAUGGUUCCGCCAGCAGCAGCAGCAGCAACAUCUUCCUCUGCAACGAAUGUAGCCGCGGAUGGUGACGAGGAAAGCAGCGCAGGGGCCUCAUCAGACCUCCGCGACCCAUCAUCGUCAUCAUCGCGCUCCCGCCUCGCCACCCUUAAUCCAACCGCUCGUCCCUUCCGUCCUUCCUCAUCCGCCGACUCGACCUCGGGCCUCUCCUCUCCACCAGUGCAGCAGAGCAAUGCGUCUAAAAGACGUGUUGCCGCCAGCGCGGCCAUCCCCGCCAACUCGUCCCCUCUCACCUCGUCGGAUGCGCUCGGCCUGGACGACGAAGGAGAGGAAGGAGCUAUUCCGUCUACCCCGCCUGCGACUAAGAGGAGAAGGGUGCAGGGACAGGUUGAGAGUGCCGCAGCUGUGCAAGAGGAGGAAGAGGAGGAAGGAAGCAUCGCUCCGACGACGGCGCCGUCAGCAGCAGCCACAACGGCGAGCGCAAGUGCGGCACGACCGGCCCGUAGUUCGGCCGCCGCCUCCUCUGGACCAUCUGGCGGCGGGCGUGCAACACUGACCGGGCGUCCACCGCCAUCGAGGGCGGCACUCUCCAGAUCGGGGCUCGGCAGCGGCGGUGGUGCGCGUAGAGGCGGGCGAAGAUGA